AUGGCAAAAUACGGCGAAGGCGACAAACGCUGGAUCGUCGAAGACAGACCCGACGGCACAAACGUCCACAACUGGCACUGGUCGGAAACCAAUUGCCUAGAAUGGUCUAGAACCUUCUUCAACAAGCUCUUCAACAACCUCAAAAUCCUCGACGGCGAGGGUAAUUUCCACGCCACCGUUAAGAAGGUCGAGAAGCUCGACGGCGAAGCCUACGUUAAUGUUCGGAAGGGGAAGAUCAUUCCGGGAUAUGAGAUCAGUGUGUCGAUUUCGUGGGAAGGUGAAGCGAGGGAUUCCGAAGGGAAGAUCUUGCAUAAGCUUGUUGGCAGUUUUGAGAUUCCGUAUAUUUCCGAUGAGAACGCCGAUGAGGAUCCGGAGGUUAGGGUUAGUGUGAAAGAUGAAGGGAUUAUUGGGAAGAGUUUGAAGGAUGCGGUUGUUGUGAAAGGGAAACCGUUGAUUUUGGAGAAGGUUAGGGUUUGGGUGGAGAGUAUGUCCAAAGGCGGACCUGUUAAAGAUGAGCUUGAGACUAAGAAGGUUGCUUCGCCGCAGAGGAGUAAUUCUAGUUCGGUUGUUGCGGCAGCAAAGAAGAAAGAGCCGGCAGAGGUUGUUGCGGUUGCGACGAAGAAUGAGAAGGAGAAGGUGAAGAAGGGGUGUAAAACGAUUAGUUUGAAUGAGAAGUUUAAUUGUCGGGCGAAGGAUUUGUUUGAGAUAUUGAUGGAUGAGAAUAGAUGGAAAGGAUUUACGCAGAGUAAUGCGAGGAUUAGUAAGGAGGUUGGUGGUGAGUUUAGUAUCUUUGAUGGGUCUGUGACGGGGGAGAAUGUGGAAUUGGAGGAAGGGAAGUUGAUUGUUCAGAAAUGGAGAUUCGGGAGCUGGCCUGAUGGGAAGCAUUCAUUGGUGAGAAUUGUGUUUGAGGAGCCAGAAUCUGGAAUUACAGUUGUGAAGUUAACACACACGGAUGUGCCUGAAGAAGACAGAUAUGGGAACGCGACUGUGGUGGAGAAUACAGAAAAGGGAUGGAGGGAUCUGAUUUUCCAGAGGAUUCGGUCUGUGUUUGGUUUUGGAAUGUGA